AAUUCUACGCUUCACGGCUUUCUUCCCCAAAACCCUACUCCCCUCCUUUUGUCUCUCGUGCUUGCACUCCCCAUCCCCAAUACAACAAGCUUCCCUCACAAUGAGCAGAUCAGGCCAGCCUCCAGAUCUCAAAAAGUACAUGGACAAGAAACUCCAAAUCAAGCUGAAUGCAAAUAGGAUGGUUGUUGGUACACUUCGUGGGUUUGAUCAGUUUAUGAAUCUUGUGGUUGACAACACUGUGCAUGUGAAUGGCAAUGAGAAAACUGACAUUGGCAUGGUGGUGAUAAGAGGAAAUAGCGUGGUUACUGUUGAAGCCCUUGAACCUGUCGGCAGAAUGCAGUGAUUCUGGUUUUUCCAUUGAAUAUCAGUUUGACUUAUCUCUUCCCUAGUCUUCUAGUUUGGGAUUGGCAAUGUGUUAUGUAAUUGAAAAUUCGUAGGAAUUUAGAUGGAUCUCCAUGGAUUCUGCGUUUCAUUUCCAAACUUCACCUGAUGGAUUGCCCUUUCUGCAUUUCAAACGGAUUUAAAUGAAUGUAAAGAACGGUUACACCGAUACUUGUGA